AUGGUGACACAGUCAAUGCUUUGGGGCUUUGUUCUUAUCACGGUGGGAAGAACAGGUGGUCUGAAAUGUCGCUUAAGUAAUGUUCUUCAUGUUCCUCAUGAAUGGUACCAGCCAGGUGACUUCCUCAUCGGUGGGCUGAUUUCUCAGAUCAUCUAUGGAUUCAGAGAAUUGUCAUUUGAUGAUGAGCCUUCUCAACGCCAAUUUGAAUUUUCAGAUGUAGUCACAAAGUUCCAUCAGCACGCCCUUGCCCUGGCCUUUGCUGUGAAGGAGAUCAAUGAGAAUGCCCAGAUCUUGCCUAACCUUACUCUUGGGUUCCAUAUCUACGACAGCUACUAUGAUGCAAGGAUGACUUAUCGCACCACCUUGGAUUUGCUCUUCAAAUCAAUUAGCUUUCUUCCCAACUACAAAUGUGCCAGGCAAAGGAAUCUGAUAGCCAUCAUUGGAGGACUUGGUUCUGAUACCUCUUUUCAUAUGGCGGACAUUCUGGAUCUCUACAAGUUACCACAGCUUCACCCAUAUCUGAAAAGGGUUUCCUUCAACAAUUCAGCGAACGACAUGGUGUCCUUUAAUGAGCGAAAGGAAAUAAGAGGCGGAUUUGACAUUGUGAACAUGGUCACUUUUCCAAACAGGUCUUUUGAAAGAGUGAAAGUUGGAUGGGUAGAGCCAGAUGCACCCGGUGGAGAAGAAUUCAGAAUUAAUGAGAACAUGAUUUUGUGGCACAGAGUCUUCAAUCAGGUCUGUCCUCUUUCAGUCUGCAAUGAACAGUGCCAUCCUGGAAAUCAAAAGAAAAAGAAGGAAGGAGAGAAAUUUUGCUGCUAUGAUUGCGUUCCUUGCCCAGAAGGGGAGAUUUCAAACAGGACAGAUAUGGAAAAAUGCUUCAAAUGUCCAGAAGACCAAUACCCAACCAAAGGAAAAGAUGACUGCAUCCACAAAAUUGUAACAUACCUUUCUUACAAGGAACUUCUAGGGUAUACUUUGGCCUCCAUUUCUAUUUCAUUGUCUUUGAUCACUGCUCUGAUAUUAGGAAUAUUUCUUAAGCACAGAGAUACCCCUCUGGUCAAAGCCAACAACCGGGACCUCACCUACAUUCUCCUUAUCUCCCUCCACUUCUGCUUCCUGUGUCCUCUCCUGUUCAUUGGUCAACCCAAUGAAGUCACUUGCCUUCUCCGACAACCAACCUUUGGCAUCAUCUUCUCCAUGGCUGUUUCUUGCAUCUUGGCCAAAACCCUCACUGUGGUUGUAGCCUUCAUGGCUACCAGGCCAGAUUCCAACAUGAAGAAGUGGGUGGGAAAAAGGAUGGCAACCUCCAUUGUCCUUUUCUUCUCUCUCAUCCAAGUUGGCCUUUGCGCCCUCUGGCUAGGAUCUUCCCCUCCAUUCCCACAGUUGAACAUGCAUUCUGUGACCAAGGCCAUCAUCAAUGAAUGUAAUGAAGGCUCUCUGGUCAUGUUCUCCUGUGUCCUAGGCUACAUGGGCUUCCUGGCUCUUGCCAGCUUCUUUGUGGCCUUCUGUGCUCGCAGAUUACCGGACAGCUUCAAUGAAGCCAAAUUCAUUACCUUUAGCAUGCUGGUAUUUUGCAGUGUUUGGGUGCUAUUUGUUCCAACUUACCUGAGCUCCACAGGAAAAGCCUUGUUGGCUGUGGAGAUCUUCUCCAUUUUAGCUUCUAGUGCUGGAUUACUGGGAUGUAUCUUUUUCCCUAAAUGCUAUAUCAUUCUGUUGAGACCUGAGAUGAAUACCAAGGAUCAGCUAGUAAGAAGAAAGAACUGAAGAAUUCAGUUCCUUUACUUUCGGAUACAAUGGUGACUAGUAUGGGUAAGACUUUGGGAUCAAAAAGUCACUGUAAUGCCAUUAUAUUUCCUAAUAUUAUUCAAUUUUUUUAUCAAUAUUUAUGAGCUGAAUAUCAAAGUGAAGAUAAAAAGAAUAAAGAGUUA